GUAGAGUCAAAGUCCAAUCGUGGGGGAGCUUCCAGUGAGUGCUGGUGAUGUUUUUUACUUGAGACACAUGAACCUGUUCAGUUUCUAUUGGUCCUUGCUUGGGUCUCUUUGGACAUGCUGCUAGUUGUUCAGAUUCUUGGAGACAAAUUUCCAUGCAAAUUAGUAGCCAAGAAAAUUGACCUGCCAGAGUAUCAAGGAGAACCAGAUGAGAUUUCCAUUCAGAAAUGUAGAGAGGCAGCAAAACAGAUUCAAGGCCCAGUUAUUGUAGAGGAUACUUGCUUGUGUUUUAAUGCAUUGGGAGGUCUUCCUGGACCCUAUAUAAAAUGGUUUCUUGAGAAGAUCAAGCCAGAAGGGCUGCACCGAAUGUUAGAAGGAUUUGAGGACAAGUCAGCCAUUGCCCUAUGCACGUUUGCUUAUUGCAAUGGAAAUCCUGAUGAUACAGUUCUUCUAUUUAGAGGCAAAACCUUGGGACAAAUUGUACUUCCCAGAGGCCCAAGGGACUUUGGAUGGGAUCCUUGUUUCCAGCCGGAUGGGUUUCAACAAACUUAUGCUGAGCUCCCUAAAGAAGUGAAGAAUACAAUCUCCCACCGGUAUCGUGCUUUAAAAGAAAUGUCGGACUACUUCAUCCAGAAUGGCACGAAGGUUUGAUGUUUCAACAUCUAAAGGUUUUCUGUGAAGCAUCCCUGUGUUUCUAAAAAUGUUACACAAAAACUUGGAUGUCUGUGGUACUCCUUCCCCAAAGAAAGGCUACAUUUGAGAGUUUUCAUGAAGUACAUCACUACCUGUAAAUGUUAUGAUGCUUAUGUAUAAACUUAAUAAAUUUUAAUACUUUUACAUAAAA